UGCAGACUACCGUUCAGUAGCCUGUUAGUUGAGGGAAGACGACACACUAAGAUGGAUCUCCUGAAGACUAGUCGUGUCCUGGUGGCGUUGCUAUGCAUAAGUGCAGUGCUUUGCGUUGAAGUUGCGCGGUACGACAACUAUCCCGUUUAUGAGGUAACCAUCGGUUCUGCUGAUCAGUUACGAGUGUUGCAGGAGCUUCGAGAAUCUAGUGACAGCUAUAUUUUCCUGCAUGGUGGCAGUAAAAUUGGUGAUAAGUUUAAUGUGGUGGUGGCUCCCCACAAAUUGGCUGAUUUCACAGAAACGCUUGAAAAUGACUACAUCAAAUUUCGUAUGAUUGAAGAAAAUCUGCAGCAAUCAAUUGAUGAAGAACGCACGAGAAUAGAAACGAAACGAACAAAAGGAGUGUUCGAUUGGACGGAUUAUCACGAUUUAAACGAGAUUCAUGAUUGGUUGGAUAGUCUUGCUUCUGAGUACCAACACGUGGAAGUUAUUGAAGGUGGACAUUCUUACGAGAAUCGUUCGAUAAAAGGUGUAAAGGUUUCCUACAAGGCUGGAAAUCCUGGUAUUUUCCUUGAAGCUGGUAUUCAUGCUCGUGAGUGGAUUUCUCCCGCCACUGUGACUUAUAUUUUGAACGAGUUGCUUACCAGUGAAGACCAAGCGGUGAGGAAUAUUGCCGAAAACUACGAUUGGUAUGUUUUUCCGAGUGUGAAUCCCGAUGGCUACGUGUACACACAUAAGAAGGAUCGUCUUUGGCGUAAAACCCGCACUCCGUAUAAGGGAGGUUGUUUUGGAGCGGAUCCAAACCGCAACUGGGAUUUCCAUUGGGCAGAGCAGGGAACGAGUAACCGAUGCAAUUCGGAAACCUAUGGAGGACCUCACGCUUUCUCUGAAGUAGAAACUAAAUCGCUUUCGAAGUACAUCGAAUCACUGAAGGGAAAAAUUCAAGCCUACAUCGCUUUCCAUUCCUACUCACAAUUACUGCUGUUUCCUUAUGGACACACGGGUGAGCACACUCCCAACCACGACGAUCUGAAUGACAUUGCGGAAGCAACCGUUAAAUCGCUGGCCAAGCGAUAUGGAACAAGAUAUACCUACGGAAACAUUUACGAUGCCAUCUACCCGGCCUCUGGUGCCAGCGCUGAUUGGGUGUACGGCACGCUGGGAGUCAAAGUUGCCUACACGUACGAGCUGCGUCCAAGUAGCAACUCCUGGAAUGGGUUUGUGCUUCCACCGAAGCAAAUCAUUCCAACCGGUGAAGAAACGCUCGAUUCUCUAGUGACGUUGGUGGAAGAAUCUGCCAAGAAGGGGUAUUAUGAAAAUUGAACCAAGCCGUUUACUCUGCAAAUGAUUUACAAGAUGACUAUGGAAUGGUGUAUCAACCGAACAAUGAAAAGCAAUAAAGGUGAUUAAACCACUUGAAACUGCAGGCAAAUACGGAUCGGGCUUAAUUGGAGGGUUGAAGUGUGUGCUUGUAGAUAACGUCUAUAAAAUGUUUGUUACUGAUGAAGAAUCGGCUUGGUUUAGAUUACAUAUCCUAGACAAAACAAAUCGAAUGCAUUCAAGUUUCUAACAGUAUCAGCCCUGAUUAAUGAAGUGCGAAGUCAGAGUAAAAAAAAUAUGGUUGAGUUUGAGAGAGUGAUACGUUGUAUCAAUGUAUUUUGAUAUUCGGAAUUUGUUUUAAAACUUAGCUUGUUAGUUUUGUAUGCUAUCUAAAUAAAAAACUUCAAAUAAAAACUAUAUAUUA